ACACUCAUAUAAACACUCAUAACAAACAGAAACACGCGCGGUAUUUCAGUUCGUGCUGGGAAGACAUGACAGUUCAGUCCGGGCGGGCGGAGUCACGGACACUCCCCGUUCCGGCCUCCCCCCGCUGUCACGCUCGCACUACCGACUCGCGGAACACCGACACACGGAGACCCAAGGAAGUGGCUGUGAUUUGAAAAACAGUAGACGUGCCAGGAGGAGAACUCUUCAGAGGAACUACAGUACGACUUGCCGGGAGGGGGGGUCGUCGCCAGGAGGGGAUUCCGGGUUAUUUCUGGAACAUGGACUAGAGCCGGGAGCCGCAGAUGGAAGCGCGGAGAAGUUUUCUGUGGGUCCGACUUCUGCUGCUCGGGGUGGCGGGCGCGCUGGCCAGAGAAGUGUGCCUGGGUACGGACAUGAAGUUGGACCUGCUCUCCAGCCUGGAGAACCACUAUGAGACUCUGCGGCUGCUGUACACCGGCUGUCAGGUCGUCCACGGCAACCUGGAGAUCACCCACCUCCACGGGGUGCCGGACCUCUCCUUCCUCAAGGGCAUCGUGGAGGUCCAGGGUUACGUUCUGGUGGCCGACGUGACGGUGGACCUGAUUCCUCUGGACAACCUGCGUGUGAUCCGGGGGAGCCAGCGCUACGGCGCCAACUACUCCCUGGUGGUUCUGAACAACACCAAGGGCCCCCAAGGGCCCGGGCUCCGGACCCUCCGUAUGCGCAGCCUCACAGAGAUCCUGCUGGGCGGGGUGUAUAUGUGGGGGAACCCCCAGCUGUGUUUCCCGAACCCCCAGAAAAUCCUGUGGAGGGACACGCUGGAUCAGCAGAACACCCACAAACACCAGUUAACCCUGCAGGCCAGCGCCGCAAACUGUCCAAGGUGUAAUUCUGUGUGCCUCGAGAAAUGCUGGGGCGAAACCAUUCAGGACUGUCAGAUUGAAACCCAUGUCGAUUGUACCGCAGGGUGUCUGCGCUGUAAGGGUAAGCAUGCCAGUGACUGCUGCCACAAGCAGUGUGCUGCUGGAUGCACCGGGCCCAAGGACUCUGACUGCCUGGCGUGUCGUUACUUUAACAACAACGGCGUGUGUAAGGAGCACUGCCCGGCCCCGACCACCUACGUGCCGGCCACCUACCAGUCCAUACCCAACAAGGACAAGAAGUUCAGCUUCGGCGCCACCUGCAUCAAGACCUGCCCCCAUAACUACCUGACCAUGGAGGCGGCGUGCACCAUGGUGUGUCCCAAGGCCAACCAGGAGAUGAUCAUCCUCAACCCUGACGGCUCGGAGAGUCAGAAGUGCGACAAGUGCGAGGGAGAAUGUCCCAAAGUGUGCUAUGGCCUGGGGAUGGGUAGCCUCCAGGGCGUUACCAUGGUAACAUCCUCAAAUGUGGAGCAAUUCAACAGCUGCAAGAAGAUCUUCGGAAGCCUCGCCUUCCUCUCCCAGAGCUUUACAGGAGACCCGAGCAGCAACACGUCAGGUCUGACCCUGGACCAGCUCACACCGUUCCACAACCUAGAGGAGAUCACUGGCUACCUGUACAUUGAGGCGUGGCCGGAGGAAUGGAGCGACAUCAGCGUGUUUAAAAACCUGCAGGUCAUCAGGGGAAGGGUGCUCUUCAAGGGGGUGUUCUCCCUGGUUCUCCAGGACCUCAACAUCACCUCGGUGGGCUCGCGGUCUCUCCGUAGCGUGAGCGGGGGUCUGGUUCUCAUCCACAACAACAGCCGGCUGUGCUACACGUCCUCCCUGCCCUGGGACACGCUGCUGCACCCCAGCCAGGGGCCCACCCGCAUCCUCAGCCUCAACCAGGACCCCCGUGUCUGUGAGGAGCAGGGACACGUGUGCCACCCCCUCUGUAAGGGGGGCUGCUGGGGCCCGGGGCCCCAGCAGUGUGUCUCCUGCAGCGCCUUCGAGAGGGGCCUCGAGUGUGUGGAGCGGUGUGACCUCUACCAGGGGCCUACGCGGGAGUACGAAAAGGAUAAGGUGUGCGGUGCCUGUCACUCAGAAUGUCGACCAAUCAACGGCUCCGAGUCAUGCUAUGGCCCGGGUGCGGACCAGUGCAGGGAGUGUUUGAACUUCCAGGACGGGGAGGUGUGUGUGGAGCGCUGCCCCAGCGGGGUGAAGGAGGAGCAGCACACCGUCUGGAAGUACAGCAACGCCUCGGGGCACUGCCUGCCCUGUCUGACCAACUGCAGCCUCUCGUGUACCCUGAUGGACGAGCGCGGGUGUCCUGUCCCCACCAACACCGGUCCAGGGACGACCAUCGCGGCGGCCCUGGGCGGGGUGGUCCUCUUCCUCAUCCUGCUGGCGCUGCUGGUCUUCUACCUUCGACGCCAGCAGAAGCUCCGCAGGAAGGCCACCAUGCGGCGCCUUCUGCAGGAGCACGAGCUUGUGGAGCCCCUGACUCCCAGCGGCGCGCUGCCCAACCAGGCCCAGAUGCGCAUCCUUAAAGAGACGGAGCUCAAGAAGGUCCGAGUGCUCGGGUCUGGGGCGUUCGGCACUGUGUACAAGGGUGUGUGGGCUCCAGACGGCGAGAGUGUGAAGAUCCCCGUGGCCAUCAAGGUGUUGAGGGAGAACACGUCCACCAAGGCCAACAAGGAGAUCUUGGACGAGGCGUAUGUGAUGGCGGGCGUGGCCAGCCCCUACGUGUGUCGUCUGCUGGGGAUCUGCCUGACCUCCACGGUGCAGCUGGUCACCCAGCUCAUGCCCUACGGCUGCCUGCUGGACUACGUCCGCGAGAACAAGGACCGCAUCGGCUCCCAGUUCCUCCUCAACUGGUGUGUCCAGAUCGCCAAGGGUAUGAGCUACCUUGAGGAGGUGCGUCUGGUUCACAGAGACCUGGCAGCCAGGAAUGUUCUGGUGAAGAACCCCAACCAUGUGAAGAUCACAGACUUUGGCCUCGCCAGACUGCUGGACAUCGAUGAGACAGAGUACCAGGCAGACGGAGGGAAGGUGCCAAUCAAAUGGAUGGCCCUGGAGUCAAUCCUUCACAGGAAGUUCACCCACCAGAGUGACGUGUGGAGCUAUGGCGUCACGGUGUGGGAGCUGAUGACGUUCGGGGCCAAGCCCUACGACCUCAUCCCAGCGCGGGACAUCCCGGACCUGCUGGAGGGGGGCGAGCGGCUCCCCCAGCCCCUCAUCUGCACCAUCGAGGUCUACAUGAUCAUGGUCAAAUGUUGGAUGAUCGACCCAGACAGCAGGCCGCGGUUCCGAGAGCUGGUCAACGAGUUCAGCCUCAUGGCUCGCGACCCGCCCCGCUAUGUGGUCAUACAGAACGAGGAACAGAGGAGCCUCACCUUCCCGGUGGACAGCCAGUUCUUCCGGAGGCUGCUGGAGGAGGAGGGCCCGGACAUGAAGGACCUCCUGGACGCGGAGGAGUACCUGAUCCCCCAGCCCAACAUGUUCCCCCGCACCCAGGGGGACGGGGUGUCCACCGCCGGACACUCCAGGCACCACUCCUACCGGAGUACAGACCAGGGCCUGGACGGGGAGCCCCCUAUUGGCAGCGCCUGCACCAUGUACUCCUCCAUGAGUACCCUGGGUCGGGGCCAGUACCCCACCCUGCCACUAGGGGCCAGCCCCUCCAACGGCGGCUGGAGCUCCCAGUACCCCACGCUGGCGCGCAGCCCCUCCUCCGGAGACCCCUGUGACUCCGUCUUCCUGGACGACGCCACGGGGACGCCGGCCAGUCCCGGGCGCUACCGUCAAUGCGACGGCGGCUGCCACGACGACCUGAUGGAGACGGACGGCCCGCCCGGCGCCCAUCCCCCACCUCAGCAUCACCAUCACCAACCUCAUCAUCUCCAUCACUCGCUGCCCCGGCGGCAACAGGGGCACCACCAGAGCCACGCCAGCCCAGAGUACGUCAACCAGGAGGCCCGUGAGGUGCGGCCGGCGGUCCCGGACCGGCCCAGCACGCUGCCCCGUAAGACCCGCCGCUCGGAGCCCCGCCACCUGCCCAACGGCCUGGGCCCCAACGGCCUGGGCCCCGGGCACAGCGUGGAGAACCCCGAGUACCUGGUCCCCCUGGGGCCCCCCGCGGCCCCCAGCUCCCCCGCCUUCGACAACCCCUACUACCUGGACCUUCUGGCCGGAGUAGAGGGGACUGGGGUCAGGGGUGAGGGGGGGGGCGGGGUCAGGGCGGGGGAGAGGCAGCUGAACGGCUACGCCACGCCCACAGUGGAGAACCCUGAGUACCUGGGCCUGGCCGACACCUGGACCGGACACACCUGAUGAGGGGGUCGGCGGGGUGAACCGCGGGUGAAAAUGUGAAAUUUGGUAGUGUGUGUGUGUGUGUGUGUGUGUGUGUGUGUGUGUGUGUGUGUGUGUGUGUGUGUGUGUGUGUGUGUGUGUGUGUGUGUGUGUGUGUGUGUGAUUUAGUUAUUGUCAGCCAAUAGAAAAGCAUUCACAGAGGACAAGUAACACUAAAAAGAUCAAAUUCCUGCUACCAAUCAAAAGAGUUUUUUUGAGGGGUGAUUUGACCUCCUGACUCAAAGAUCUAUCGACGUUUACAGCCUCUAGCAGCUCAAGGGUGGCGCUCGCGUCCGGUCGCCGCGGCAACGGUUCUCAUGAAUAACUGGUGGAGUAAUGUGUCACUGGAGGUGUUUUCAUUGUCUUUCUAACAAUCCCUAUGAUUAUGUUUUUGUAUCCGUGCGAUGUGAUUGGGUUGAGCCCUGUUGCCUCCUCAGCCAAUCAGAGUGAUUUGAGGGGUCCGCAAGCCGUGAGCAGAAUAACGAUGAUGUCGCCCUCUUGGCUCAAAGGAACUUUGUCUCAGCAGAAAAAAAGGACCCUGGGGCCCAUCUGCGCCAUGGGAGAACACACAGACUUGUGUGUUCUGUGUGUGCGUGUGUGCACUUGUGCGUGUUUGUAAUUUAAGCGAGGGCUUUACAUGGUAAAAUACUUGAUAGAGAUGCCUCACUCACAUAUGAGCACCCUGAUGCAGAACUCUAGCUAGCCUGAUAACACCCUAGCUAGCAUUUUGGCACCCUGAUGGGGAGAUAGUAGGAUGGCAAGCUCGCAUUAUGGAAUCCUAGCUAGCAUGAUGGCAGCCUAUCUAUUAUGAUGGAAUGCAGGCAGAAUACAUGUGGAUAGACUCAGAAAUACAGGGCCUACUUUGAGGCUAGUCAGUAGUUUACUAGAGAGUUUACCCACGGUACGAACACACCGGAAAUGAGAGUUUCAUUGUGGAUGUGUAGACCCAGCCCCUCGCACUCAAACUACACCCAUCAUACACCAGCCACGCCCCCUCAUACACAAUCCACGUCCCACCGCUAGGAGUCACGUGACUCUGAAGCCCUGACUGGUGUCUGAUAUCCAUUUAUACAAAACCCUAUUUUGUACGUUUUCUGUGACUUAUUAUCGUGUUUGAAGGUUUAUCUCUGUGUGUGAAUAUUUUUUUUAUGUUUUAAGGUUUGAUUGUACGAAAUAAAGUGUAAAAAGGUUAGCAAGUAAUUUGAUUAAACAUUGACUCUUGUGGAAAAAGUAAAUACAUAAGAAACAAUUUUAUGAAGAAAAUAUGUAUAAAUUGUGAUGUUUCUAUUCUUUGUAUGCAUUACAUUUACUUUUUAAAUACAAGGGAAAGUUUGCAAUGGUUAUUUCUGGGUCUUCUUGUGCGACAACUAUGGAAAUGUUCUGAAAUCAGAAGGGCCUUUUCUGCCAUCUUCUGGUAGUUAUAGGAAAUACAAAUAAGAAACGUUUUGGUAUUAUGUUCGAGACUGUUGGUGGGUAUAAAGUUAAGGUGUCAGGAACAGCCAACUGUAUAUCUUUAGCCUAGGCCUACAUAAUAUUUUGUAAAUGGAAGGAAAUUAUUUUAUGUAUUUUAAUAUCUAGAUUUCUUAGUCCACCUGACCCUAUCCAUUUUGUAACCAUUUUCUACAUUUGAAAAUCUGUUGGUGUUGUAUUCAAUAGGCCUCUUUAGACACGUGUAUUGACACAUUUUAAAUGUCAGAGGGCAGCAUAGCUCUGGAUUUACUUUCGGAUUCAUAGGAAACAAUCUUCACUAUAGAUCUUAUAGUUUAAUGUUGAAUAAUAAAUGUUAUUAACCUGGCCUCUUAUACUCUA